GGAGAGAGAAUUGGAGUGGGGCAAGAGUGGGAGCUGAUACUGUAGUCCAGGCCUGAGAGGAAGCAGGGUAUGUGUGUGGGUGACGGUAGUAAGUGGCCUGAUUCCAGAAAUACUUUAAAGGUAUUGCUGACAGAUUUGGAUGUGGGAUGAAAGAUGAGUCAAGGAUGACUGCAGGAAGAGCUGUCAUUUUGAGUUGGGUGAAAAUGUUUCUGGGGAAAGAAUGCAUGCUAGUUGCCUAAUGCUGUCCAAAUGGAGACAUUGAGUAGACAAUUGGCUGUAUGUGACAGGAAUUCAGGGAAGAGGCUGACGAUGUGAGGCUGGGAAGCAUCUGGGUAAUUAUGGGAUCUGAAGUCAUAAGACUGGAAGGGAGCACAUGGGGUGAAAGCAGCUAUUACUGGGGCAAUCCAGUAAUAAAGGGAGAAGAGGAGGGGCCAGCAAAAGAGAAGAAAAGGAGGUAGGAAGGAACUCCUGAGAGUGGUUUCCUGGAUGCCACGUUUAGAAAGCAUGUCAAGGAAGGAGUGACCCAUUGUGCCAAAUGCUGCACGUAGGCCAGGUAAGACGAGGAUGAAGAAGGAAGCAAUGGAGGUUUGAUGAGAGUGAAAAUAUGACAUCAUCCUUUAGGCUGAGGGAUAUUUGAAACCAAGGUGAAAAGAACGUGUGGAGAGCUUCGUUUUGCCCUGCAAGGUUCGUCCCUCUAGGCACGCCGUAGUCUGCGUGUCCGUUCCCUUGGAGACGCGGGCCCAGGGGACGCGUCUGGUCUCCCAGGGACGUUGGAGCGGCCUGAGUUCCCGCGCCAUCCCCGCUGAGGCUGGGAAGUUGGAGAAGGCGAAUCAACAGGCAUCCCAAGAGAUCGGUGCCCCACGGACUCCCCGAGUCUCCUUCCAUCUUCCCCAAUGCCGCGUGUAGGUGGAAGGAGGAACGCGAGGCGUCGCUCUCCACCCCCCAAGGUCCAGGCUCUGGAUUAUGCUACAUGGCAGCUGUCCAAACAAAAAAUCAAGCCAUUCGUUCCGCUUCCGGUCACACACAAAAGUGGCCAUAAGAAAAGCAAAAUGAAGAUUAUCGACCAGCCAGUGUAUCCCAAGUCUACCACAUCGGUGAGAUGCCACUCGAAGAAUCCACAAGAGCCGUGCAAAGCGAAGUUGGACUCUGGGAAGAGCAAGUUCCGGCUAAUGAGGACGUUGAUCAGGAGCCGACGAACCUCACUCCAGGAGCUUUACAAUCAGGAGAACUUCCUCACCAAGCUCAAUCAAGAACUGAUCAAUAUCAUCAAGGACAUGGAAGACAGCUCAGCCCUGAAAACACGCGGGAUGCUGCAGCAGCAGGACAUCUUUGGGAUCAUCAUCAACAGCUUGGGGUGCUCAAACAAGAAGAAGCUGAAGCAGAUGACAUGUGAGCUGCAGGAGUGGAAGGAGAGGGAGGAAUCCAAGAUGAGCUACCUGAAGCAGCAGGUGGAGCAGCUGAAUGACAAGCUCAAGAAGACCCAGGAGGAAGUGAACUUCCUGAGCACUUACAUGGACCACGAGUAUCCCGUCAAGGUGGUCCAGAUCGCCAACCUCCUGCACCAGCUGGAGCAGGUGAAGGACAACCAGCAGGAUGAGCUGGAUGACUUCAAUAAGAUAGGCAAGGUGGUCCUGGAGUCUUUGUCUGAUCAGAUCCAGAUGAAGAAACAAAAGCUCGUGCGCUCUCUGGUGGCGAAAAUGCAGCGUCCCAGGCAGGCGUUUCUUCUGCACAGGACCCAGGAGAACCAGAACAUGGCGAAGUACGCGGACAAGUACAGAGAAUUUAUCAGCCAGUUUGAGGAGAAAAUUCCCAAACUGAGGGCCGAGGUGGAACAGCUCCGAGCCCGUGCCCGGGAACCCCGCGAGGUGGCGUUUGCAGACGUUCUGCUGCGGAGGCCCAGGUGCACCCCAGACAUGGAUGUCACCCUCAGCAUCCCUGUGGAAGAGCUGCUGCCCUUCUAGAUGGAGGGCCAUGGCCACCUGCCCUCCCUGCUCCCUUCCCCGGAGCCUGAGUCUCCUUCCAAGACCAUAUUCCCAUGGGUGCCCUCCUCAUCUGCCUCUCCUUUCCUCCCUCUGGCCUUUGGGUUUGGGGCUGCCACUUGAGCCAAGUGGGAAUUUCCAGUCAAGCCCGCCCUUUUCUUCCACCAAUAAAGCCGGAUCUGCAUUUGCUCUUUGCCAGUG